GGAGCUUCCGGCGGCGCACUUCCGCUUCCGGCUCUCAGCGUCGAUUCUGGCCCUGGCUCUGCCCUCGAGCGAGAAGGUUGUGGCGUCGGCUGGUUCCAGGCGAUUGGAGCUGCAGACAGGAUGAUCGAGGUUGUCUGCAACGACCGUCUGGGGAAGAAGGUCCGCGUUAAGUGCAACACGGAUGACACCAUCGGGGACCUUAAGAAGCUGAUCGCAGCCCAAACUGGCACCCGUUGGAACAAGAUCGUCCUUAAGAAGUGGUACACGAUCUUUAAGGACCACGUGUCUCUGGGGGACUAUGAAAUCCAUGAUGGCAUGAACUUGGAGCUUUAUUACCAAUAGAGCAGAAUUUCUUCCCCCUGCCUUGCUCUCCCCUCUUUUCUCCCACCCUCACCCCUCACACUGGUAUGGAUGCUUGUUUUUAAAGACUCAUGUUAAUAAAAACUGAGAAGCU